UUCACAGUGACGCGCCCUCCUUUACUAGAGGAGCGAAAAGUAUAAGUCAGAAAGCCUAGACCGGACCUCAUCUUGCGGUGUGAAAAGGCUAGGUGAAGUUCUCUGGUGGCGUGUCCUAAACUGAACACUGACCAUGGGCAGCACACUUUCCAGAAUUCGGGAUCACAACACGCUGUGUAAACGCCUCAAGUUUCUGGCCGACAACUUCCCAGACAGGGAACUCUUCAUCUUCUACAACCACGGAAUUCGUGAUGUAUACACAUCCACACAACUCUUCCAGUUGGGAGGGAAAUUUGCCGCCCUGCUCCGUCAGAAAGGUUUCCAACGUCAAGACGUCAUCGCCAACGCCUUACCGAACUCCCCUGAGCGAGUUGUCACUGAAGUGGGCAUUAUAUUAGCGGGCUGUGUCGCAAUGAACGCGCCGCUUCUCCUCGCGGACGGCUCUGACUUCUUCGAAGUGGCCAAGAAAGCUCGCUGUCGGGCUGUAGUGGCAGAUCUACAGGAUAAGGGCCCAGCUUCUACACUGUUCCUGCCCUACAAAGGAGGGGCGCUCAGCAGCUCCAAACUAUUCGUAGAUCUGAACAUUGACUCCGCCCCUGAACUGACGUCCGCCAUUAAUGUCUUCAGAGACGGAGAUACGAAAACCCUGCUGGAGGAACUGAGAAGCUGUGAAUUGGACACGGUGUUCGAACCCUGUGAGCCUGACGACUUGGUCAAAGUGUUUACCACCUCUGGCAGCACCGGCUUCAGCAAGUUGGUAUCCCAGACACAUGACGUGGCCAUCCACUCCUGGGAAGGUUAUGUAGACUUUCUGGAGACUCAAGCACCAGUGAAAGAGUUGGGCAAUUAUGGCUACUACAACGAUACAGCCUUGGGCAAGACUCUCUUCUCCGGCUACUUCAACCAGCUGGAGGAGAAAGAUCCCGCCACGACAGGCCAGUUCUCAGAGGACGGCUGGUUCGACACCAACGACAACGGUUACUUUGACGGCAAGGGAAGCCUGUACGUGAUUGGUCGGAAUAAUGACGUCAUCACUUAUGGGGCUUGCCUGGUGUACCCUGGUUGGCUGGAGCAGAAGAUUCUGGCUCACCCAAAAGUCCGGGACGUGUGCUUGGUACCUGUUCCCCACCCUGUGCUGCAUCAAGACAUCUGCGCAUGUGUACUGGCGGCCCCCGAUAGCCAGCUGACCCAGGACGAGCUGAAACAUUUCUGUGCACAGAUUUGCUUCUCUGACGGCCACGAGGAAAAACCCCUCAUCCCCACCUACUUCAUGAUCAUGGAUCAGUACCCACUGACCGACACUGGAAAGACAAGUAGGAAGGAGCUGAGACGUUUGGCUGCCCACAAGUUUGGCGUACAGUGACGUGGGUGGACUCCUCUCGGAAACAAUCUUAUUUGUUGUAGGCCGACAUUUCAAAAAUUCAAAAUUUCCUCUCUGUACCUCUCCCUGAAAGAAUCUUAGUUGUAGGCUGACAUUUCAAAAAUUCAAAAUUUCCUCGCUGUACCUCUCCCUGAAAGAAUCGUAUUUAGUAGGCCUACAUUUCAAAAUUCAAAAUGUUCCUUCCGUACAAAACAAAAUCAUUUCCCACUUGUAAAAUGAUAAGACGCACCACAUUUACUUUACACCAUCCUUUCGAUUCCAUAUUAUAUAUAUAUUGACGGUGUCUCUAGUUUGUAGCAGUAUUAAUUUAAUAUUAGCGAAUUAGCGCAAAUAGUUUUUUAUGCUCUCACAGGAAAAAAGAGGGCAAAUCAGGCAAGAGUAGACCACGAACAACUUACUUAGACUUGGAGAAUUUGAACAGAUUAGAUCUAGAUCUAUAGGUGAUGGGGAAAGCACGUGUUUCAAAUCUGGUAAUCAUGCUUGAUGAUGUAAGGUAAUUAGUUAAAAGAGAGUGCUAAUUCUUUCCAGGAAAUGAGAGGGAUACAUUAUGUAUACAGUGAAACCUGCCUUGACGGCUACCUCUAUAAGACGGCCACCUGUACAAACGGCCACUUUCCAUUUCCCCCCUUGCGUUUUUUAAAAAUAACUUAAUUGUCUAAAACGGGCACCUGUCCAACGCGGCCGCGGCCACCAUAUUUUAACACACAACCCCUAUCACACUAAGCAAUAUAUCACCUCUCUCCUAGACGGCCGCCUAAGGGACUCCAUUUCAUUUUGUCACAAAUUGUGCGUUGGCCCCUGGCGUUGUGGGCGAGCCGUCAUAAUCCAAUCACCCGAGGGUGUUAGGUAGUCCCUCCAACCGAUCAUGUUGCCUUGGCCCCUCCUACUGUUGACCAAUAGGUACCCGUUAACAAAUUUUCAGCUGCUGGCGAGGUA